AUGAUCUCAUCGCUGCCUGUAUGCCCAGUACGACCGAAUUAUUCAAUGCUAGGCUUCACAACAAGUUUAGUACCAGCUUCAGUGGGUUACAUUUUGCCAAAAGACAUUCAACCGUAUCGAACAAAUGACUCAAAAUUUUGUUUAGAAGUUUCUAACAGUGAUCGUGAGAUUUUGAAAGAUCUUGAUAUUCACGAGCGAGACAUUUGUUCAUAUAUAUCUGAGGACAUUGAAUUUCCUGAAGAAAGUGAUGAAUACUAUGUGGAGUUUCUGAACAGUGCACUCUCAUCUGUAAGUAAUAAAAGUGAUGAUAUUACUCAAAUAUUAAAGGAAAAGGUUUGUUUUCCGGUUGAAUUUACAAAUGACUUAAAGCGGAUUACGGACCUAUACAACUAUGAAAACGCUUAUUUUCGGACCGUAUUCGGAAAUUCAAAUGUUUUCCUUAAUACAAAACUUUUAGCUCAUGCAACUAUAUUAUCAAAGUUUGGAUUCAAUAAUGAUAUUAAUCAGGAGUCUUUUAUUAAAUGUGCUUUGAAAGUUCAAGAGUUGCAAGAUGAUCCACCAUAUGAUAUACGCAAUCGUGGACUCGUUUUGGUUGAAUAUUUUUAUGAAAGUAUCACAAAGAGUUAUGAGAUUGCUUCGAUUCCAUUUCAAGAUUUGGAUUGCUUCGAAAAUACAUUAUUUUCUCGAUAUAAAGAAAUUGUUUCGAUUCCAUUUCAAGAUUUGGAUUGCUUCGAAAAUACAAUACUUCCUCCAUAUAAAGAAAUUGCUUCGAUUCCAUUUGUUCCGAUUGAAAAACGUUUGGGUGAAUGCUACAACGAGUAUUAUAAUUAUCGUCAAGUUUUGGAUUGCUUCGAAAAUAUAAUACUUCCUCAAUAUAAAGAAAUUGCAUGGAGUCAAAAACCUUUAAUUGCAGUAGACGUCGUACCACCUCACAUUGUACUUAUAAGUGAUCCAUCAUUUGGUGAACCAGAUAUUCCCACUGUAUUAAAUCAUCUCCGUUUUUUGCGCAACACACUUAUAAAUGAUAUUGAAUGGAAGGAAAGGUGGAAAGACACAUUUACGUCUAAUGUUUUUGAGGUUUAUAAAUGGCUUGACAAAAAAAGUUUAGAUAAAAGUAUCUGCUUAAAGGAAUAUAUUGAGCCAAAUGAAGCAUUGUUCUUGAAUUUUAAUAAAAACGAGGAUGAUCCAUUCGACACUGAAAAUUGGGCUUCUAAAACAGAUUUAGUUUUGAACUGUGUAAAAGAGGAGGGAAAAUAUGUAAAUCCUCGUCUUGCUAAAUACCACUCAAUGCUAAGAAGUGCCGACAGGUGA